AUGAGAUAUGGUUUUACCAGUAGCUUCAAACUCAUAUUUUUAUUGUUGAUAGUGAGAUUCGCUCAAGGAAAUGCAGCUCAAAUAAACCAUAAACUUGGUACAAACAGACAUGGAAGUUCAUUGAAUGAACUUUGUGCUAGACUAAGGAACUUUGACUUAUCAAAACAAUGUAACAUUAUAUCAUGUAUCGGAGCAAGGGACUGGGAACAGAGAUAUGCCAUAGAAAAAAGUUUUGGGUUAGACAACACUUUGUCAUCCACUAUUAGUGGUCCACUAAAGCCUCGUUUUGACCUUUGGGAACUGAAAAAUGAUGACAAAUAUACCCUAGUGCUGGAUAGUGAUAUCCAUACAGAUACAGACUAUAAGGAUAAAAUAGCAAAGAUAUGUGCACUUUCAAAGUGUACUGUAUUAUAUCUAAGUGCAGAUGAUCUAUAUUUAGUUGAUGGAUUGCUAAACUUAAAUCCACAAACCAAAGCAUUUGUUAAAAAACUUUCAAGGUCUUUUAACAUUGAACAUACCCGUAAGAAAUCGCAAAGCAGCGUAUAUAUCGUUUUACCCAGCACAGAAUCAAUAACUGAAAAAUUCAAUAUUAAAAGGCCAAAUUUUGAUGCUAUUAGGGCAUUUAUUACCGAAACAUUUGGGAAAUAUUGUCUUCUUAACAUUAAGAACUCGAGAGAAGGAAUUGAUUUUAGCAACUAUUUUCACAAUUUUACAGAUUCAGUGGAUCCGAAUAAAAUUCGUUCCAUUCUUUCGUCUACAAAAUCGCAAGAAUCGGAGGAAUAUAGUGCAUUGGUAGACUAUUUAAGUUAUAAAUCAUUCCACCAUCAUAAAAAUCUCCUGAAAGAUUUAUCAAAGGACAUUUACAAUGGUAAUUUUCUACAAGAUUUUGGAAAAAAUGUUGAAUCGUCCUUUCUUGAUUCACUGCUCUCUUUCUACCUCCUAACAUAUGAUUUGGACGCUUCAAAACGGAAUAGCGAACUGGAAUCCAUCAAAACAUGGUUUAGAUCUAGUACUGACCAUGUUUAUCUAAAAUUGAUCUUGUUGUUAGAGGAAGAAAUUAAAUCGCAACUGCGCAAAGCGUUAUUAAAAAAAAAUACGGAUCACUCCGAUAAACUUGUUGAUGAACUCAUAGAUGAUUAUAACAAAAGAAUCAACGAUAUGGUACCCAAACCAGUGCUUUCAAGGUGGUCAAAGAGCGUACUAGCGAGUGCAACAAAGAGCUUAAGACAAAAGCUAGACAACAUAAUUAGAGUGCAUUCAGAACUUCCAAACACUUCACCUAUGUAUUCCAAAGAAAAGGCUAGCAUGAAAUCAAACUAUGAAAAAAGUAAAAAAGACCGAGGUUUGAGUUUUAUGUUGGGACUAACUGCGAUGAUAAGAGAGCGUGGUUAUGGAAACCGUCAAGCAUUUUUGAACUAUAACUUGGGACCGCUACUGCUAACCCUCGGAUAUGCAAAUGAUCGUGAUGUUGCAGAAAAUAAACCAGGUACUGGUCUUAUGCCUCCUGCUUUUCGAAUACAACCAAAGCUACAUCUUAAUAUAAAUUUAUAA